AUGGCGUGCCGAAUCAAGCCCAACAAGAUCUGGCUGACUGUUGAGGAUCCCUAUACUACACCAAAUGCCCAUGAGAACACGGUGAUCAUGCUCUUUGCCACGGCGGGCCUCAUGCUCGUGGGACUCCUUUGUAUUCUUGCAAAGGCUUGCAGGCGGGAAGCCGCUUCCGACUUCCUGCACCUCUUCUUCUUUCUCUUGGGUGCCGGGGGCUACGCUUGCGCCGGGAUCGCCGGCGCCGCGUACACCGCGGGCCCGAACGCGGUGCUCCUGUGCGCGCGGCUGCUUCUUGUCGCCUCAUGGAUGGGAUUGCUGGUCAGCUGCUGCUUCUUGUACCAGAGCCUGUCACCGGCGAAACUCAGGGCAACAGUCCUGUGGACUCUGAGCACUGCUGUCGCACUCAGCGGUUUGGUCGCUGCCGCUGUGGGAUGGGGAACACAUCUCGAGGUCGCGAUGCUCUUCGUUGGGGGUAUGGCGAUGCUCUGUACCCUGGCAUGGUACAGUGCCUGGCGAGCCCGGAGAACGAUGUCCGGUUUUGUGAAGAUGCUGGUUACAGGAGUGCUCAGCCUGGGCUUCCUGCUCGUGGGCAUCAUGGAGCCUUUCUGCGGCGCGCAAGGCCACUCUACCUGCUACUCGAGUUGCGCAGGCUCCUACGGCAUGCAUUACUUGCUCUGGAGUGCCUUCAGCAUCACUGGUCACGCAGGCAUUGCCUUGUCCCAGACGCUCAUGCCGGACCCUCUGUCCACUGAACUUCCCUGGAGGAAGAAGCCUCCAAGUGAGACGAUGCCUCCUGCACCGACGGCUUAG